AAUUAUUUCACUAUAAAAACUCAACAAGCCAAUGAGUUUUUAGUAGCAGCUUCACUCUCUUCUCUUCUCGUUAAUUUACAAAUGUCUUCAAAAAUGAGUUGGGCUUUUGGAUUGGUUGUGUGUCUUAUGUUUGUGUUGGGUGUGUCUUUGUCUACUUCUUCCAAGUUUGAUGAACUCUUCCAACCAAGUUGGGCUUUUGAUCAUUUUGUUUAUGAAGGAGAUCUCCUUAAACUCAAACUUGAUAAUUAUUCUGGUGCUGGAUUUGGAUCCAAAAACAAGUAUAUGUUUGGGAAAGUAUCCAUCCAGCUUAAGCUUGUUGAAGGUGACUCUGCUGGAACUGUUACUGCUUUCUAUAUGUCAUCGGACGGUCCAAACCACAACGAGUUUGAUUUUGAAUUUCUAGGCAACAGCACAGGGGAACCUUAUUCUGUGCAAACUAAUGUGUAUGUGAAUGGAAUUGGUAACCGUGAGCAGAGACUCGACCUUUGGUUCGAUCCUACAAAGGAAUUUCACUCUUACUCUAUUUUCUGGAAUCAACGACAAGUUGUAUUUUUAGUGGAUGAAACACCAAUAAGAGUACACACAAACAUGGAACACAAAGGAAUUCCUUUUCCAAAGGACCAACCAAUGGGUGUAUACAGCUCAAUAUGGAAUGCAGAUGAUUGGGCCACACAAGGAGGAAGAGUGAAAACAGAUUGGAGUCAUGCACCUUUUAUUGCAACAUAUAAAGCCUUUGAAAUCAAUGCUUGUGAGUGUCCAAUGUCAGUGGCUGCAAUGGAUAAUACAAAGAGGUGUAGUAGUAGUAGUGAUGAUAAGAAGUUUUGGUGGGAUGAGCCUAAUUUGUCUGUACUUAAUUUGCAUCAAUCUCAUCAGCUUAUGUGGGUCAGGGCUAAACAUAUGGUUUAUGAUUAUUGUAAUGAUGUUAGUAGGUUUCCAAUUACUCCUCUUGAGUGUGUCCAUCAUCGUCAUAACUAGUAGUGAAUUAAUGUUUUUAAUUAAGGGAGUAAAUGUUGUUAAUUAGUUAAGGUAAAAUUAAAGUUAUGGAACAUGUCCCUUGUGUUUCAUAUUAUUGUACUAAUGUAUAUUGGCAAACUAUAAUGUGAAUUACUUGGUGUUUUUCUACUUGUACAA